CGCUGGGAAACAUGUAAACAACAUGGCUGACAAAUUGGUUGCGGAAGUGAAAAGUUUGUUUUCAAGUGAAACAGUGAAAUAACGUAUUGAUUCGCAUCAAUGAAGUCCAUUGAAGAUAUUACUGAAACAAUAUUUUGAGCCAUCGUACUGAAAAGAACUACUCUUAAAAAAAAGGGACUAAAUCAGCUAUGGGUAUCACAGACAUUGACCUUGUAUUUGACCAUCUUGACACAUCUAAACGCGGCUAUGUCACGCCACCUCAGAUAUCAGAGCUUCUCAGUUCCAUCUAUGUAAGCAACAUUCCUGUUAGCCACAUCGAGGCGGCCAUUAAACAGAUCUGCGGAUCCGAUGGUCGUGUGGCCAAGGGUCAGUUCAUUGACAUUUUAGUCGAGAUAGAGAGAAGGCAGGCUGUAGAAGAACAAGCUUAUUGGGACUUCCAGGCUUUGGACUACAACGGCGAUCACAGAAUCAACCUGAAGGAUGCACUGAUGUUGUUUCAAGAAUUCCAUGGUGAAAACUUCUCGCUGGAGACAUGGCACAGGUUUCUGGACUCGCGAGAUUAUUCCGACAUUGACGUUUAUUUUGACGAGAUUCGCAGCUGGUUGUGUGAUGCACCUAUUCCUGGGUCGUCACCUCCUCAUCUCGUGAAAGAGGAAGAAACCCGGUUAGACGAACUUGUGAUGAACAACACAGAGAAGGAAUUAACAUGCUUGAAAGAUAUUCAGAAGCAGAGCGGUGCUGAUGAAGAAGAUGAACGGGAAAUGGAAGAUAUAAGAUUCCAUGCUAGGAGAAGACUGAACAAAUGGAACAAACAAGGAGUUGAAGCGAUGCUCUACGAUGACGGGCUGGAUGUAGAACAAGAAGAGGUUAAACAGGUUAAAGUCCGUGACAGCAUCAGCAUGGCUCUUGUCAUGGAAGCGCUUGACAUAAAGUACUCACAGAUCCAAGACAAACUCCUGAUGGUCAUGGCAAAAUUUGCAGCAGUUGUUGAAGGAGAAUACGCAGAGAUUUUUCAAGAGUUAAAACAACAGCUCCGCCGUAUUAGACCGCAGUCCCUCAAUGGUGAGGUUUGGAACAUGCCGGGAUCACAGGCUGUGCUGCCGUCCAGUCUGAGGGCCAUGAUGGGAGAGCUUCCCGAGGUGAACCACACGAGAUUUCAGAGAGUCACACAGUGGAAAACUUCACUGCAGGCAGAAGGCAAAUCACAGAGAGAAGUGGAUGAUAUUGUUAGGCAGGAUUAUGAGAGUUUUAUUGAAGGGUCAGGAACUUGUGGAAACUUGUUGAUUUGUCUGCGAGAGAGACACAAAGAGGAGAAGUUGGCCAUCAUGGACCGACUGCGAGGUCAGACUGUUACGAUGAUCGCGCUAGCCACUGAACGAGUUCACCUUGAACACCAGCUGUUUCUGCUGGACGAAGAGGAAGAAUUCUACACAGCCGCUGUUGCUGUCGGUCUCGCAGAGAGAAGUCCACCAGUGAGGUGUCAAGGGUAUGCCUGGGACCGAGUUCGGUCAGAAGAACUGGCAGGUCAGCGCUUGUCCACCAGAAAGGGACACAAACCGGUCAAGUCCAGCAAGACACUGGAUAAAGACAGUGGCAAAGGUCAAGGUCUCCUUGACUUGCAGCUCAGAGUGGUAGCCGAGGUUGAACGAAAGCAGUUUUAUGAGAGAGAGGCUUUCAUCUAUAUGCUUCAAGGCCAUGAGACGAAUGCCGCCAUUAUGUCAGCAGAGAAGCAGUCGACCAAUGAGCGACAUCGCAGGAAAAUCAUGUUACGAAACCAGCACAUCAGCUGGCGAGAGUCUGUGAGAAUGGAGAGUCACACCGCGGCAGAUGACACCAACCACCUCAGUCGACUCCAGGAUGCUGUGGCUAUUCACUGGGUAGAGCAGCAGGCGAAAGCAGAGAAAAACUUCACAAUUGUCGGUGACGCCGAUUUAGCUGCGGUCAUCUUAGCUGAUUUGCAGGAAACCCAGGAACAAGAAUUUGCAGCCAAACUGAAGGAAAUUGUCAAGAAAACACCUGACGACCUGUCCACGAUGUUGAGAAGGGAAGCCAAAGCGCGGAUCCUGGAGUUCUUUGACAACAUCGCCACUGUUGUCCUCGGCGUGGCUGAAAUCAGCGAGGCAGAGCGAGAGUAUGUUGACGCACUGAAGGAGAAAUACCAGGUCCUUAAAGACCAGAUCUUUGUGUUCGCACUGAAGGAUAAAUUCGGAGGAGAGUGGGAAAGAAUGACUUCAGAAGAAAAAGAGAGAGAAAUAUUAAAAUUGCGGAAAGAGGAAAAGGUCUUGAGAGGAGAAGGAAAACUUGAAGAAAUGGCAUCACUGAUUGGUCCGCGGGCACAGGCCUUGCCAUCGUUAGUGUUCAUGCUGGGAGAAAGUAAAAAGUACAGCCUGUCGGAGGAAUCGGGCUCUCUCGAAUCAAAUCGACCAGGCAUUAAUAUUCUUGCCGAUUUGGGUGCCCGCUAUGAUGUUGAGGAGGACAGUCUGUUGUUAUGGUUACGAACACCAACUGUGCAGUCUAUGGCUGGCACCAGACGUCGUCUUACACUGCUAAAAAUACAGCUAGAAAAACACACAGGCAAAACUGAGCAGAAUUUUGAGGUUGCAUUCAUUUCUCUGGGACUUGUGGAAAGAUUGCACAAAAACAGAUACAACAGACAAGACGCUGACAUAGAGAGACAAAAUCGGCUGGCUGCAAAACGCGUCACUCUUAGACGGCGGAAACUCGAUCAACAUGAAAACACUGACAAAACUUUCAAGCAGAAUCCCAAACCCAGUGGUGAUCUGUAUGACCAGCGACUGGCCUGCGUGAUGGAGGUACAGCAGCUUCAUGACGAGGAACGCGAACUGCUUCUGAACUUCCUCCAGGACGACUCUUUUGCCGACCUCAUAGAGGCUGCCGACAUGAUGUCACAUGAGGAGCGUCAGUUGAGGCUUUGUGAGCUGUCGGGAAAGAGAGAAAAACUGAACCUAGAUAACCAGGAUGACCAAGAUGAAUACCAGUCUAUUUUGGAAGAGGCUGCUGCUGUCCAAUUUGUCUGUAAGAAAGUGAGUCUGAAAUCACCGUCUGCUUUGUCCGUGCCCGUCGACGAUAUAGCGUCGGCCAUUUUGUCAGAUCUUCAGCACAGCCAGGACUGUCGACUCCAUGACAUUCUGCAGGAACUUGGAAACCAUAGUGAGGAAGAGUUGCAGCACCUGUGGGUGAAGGAAUCCCAUGACCGCCAGAUUAAGUUGGUGAAUAACGUCUUUGACGUUCUCACUGCUUACGAAGGAGUAGGAGGAGAGAAAGAUUUGUUACAGAUUGUUGAUGAAAAGUACUCAGCAUUGCGAGACAGGCUGCUGUUGGAGAGUCUGCGACAGAAUCAUGGCGAUGUGACGAUGUCGUCCAAACAGAUGAAGCCGAUGCAGCAGCAAGGCUUGUCGUACUGGAACGAGAACAACCAGACAGGACUUGUUGAUCUACUCGGCGCAGACUUCAAACCGACUGAUAGCAUCGUAUCAUUGAUGGGAGUUAACAGGCGAGAGUGGGCACAGUGGCUCAUGGAUCAAAAAGGCUGUGACACAGUACUGCAGGAAAAAGAAUCCUCUGAAGUGACUGCAGAACUAAUCAUAGGAGAACUGUUUGACAGGUUCAACAGCGAGAAGACGUUCAUUAAAGACACACUCAAAGGUUCAUAUGGAAGGAUCAUGACACCAAAUGAUCGGGAAGUCCUACUCUCUCGCCUGAACAGGGAAGUCACUCUUGUUGGAAAAUGUGAAAAGUUCAAGAUGGCUGCCAUUCAUGCUGGAUUGUUGGAGAGGCAGACUAUUGCCAAAAAUUGCUGUCUUGCUGGUGAUCGGAGUCGAUACAGCACACUGGCAGAGAAUGAGUGGGCGGAGCUGAUGUCCGGUAAUAAACCAGCCAAGUCAAAGACUUCAGUCGAGGUGGUCCAGUCAUCAGAAAGACUCUUACUCCAGAACAACAUAUUGGCUUUACUGAACAGUCUGCACCAAGGAGAGAGGCAGCUUCUCUUGAAUUUCCUUGACAGUAAGAAGGAUGUCAGUGAUAUUCAGAACAUCGCCAGGAUCAUCUCUGAACAAGAACGCUCUGACCAACUGAUGAUGCUGAAAAACCAGAGAAACAAGUUGCAAACUGACAAUGUUAAAGAAAACGCUGCGAUCCUGGAAGAAGCUGCUGUGAUAAAGAGAGAAUGGCGACGUUCCAGACUGUGUCGUGGUGACCAGAGCACCGAUGAGGUCACAGACAUUGAUGCUGGAGUAUCCCUGCUGGCUGAUCUACUUCAACAGCAGAACUCGGACGCAGAACUUCAUCUCAGAAAGUUUUUAACUCAGACUCUAGAUGAUCUAGCCAACAUGCAGACCAUGAUCAAACUCAACUUGGAGAAUUCACGCUGUGAAAAUCUUGCCACCAUUUUGUUUUCUCCGGAGGAACCAGGCCUCGAGGCAGCAGAUGAGCUGGUGGAGGCUGUGGAAGGGAAAUACAAUGCACUGAACGACAAGCUGCUGACAGAGGCUUUAAUAAACCAGAUUGGUCAGAGGGAGUGGUGUGACCUCUCUGAGCGUGAGAGACAGCGACGUCUGGUGAUGUUGAAGUUGAAACAGAAGCAGUUGCUGCAAGACGGGAAAUACGAUGAAGCUGCAGCUCUGUUAGGCGAUGUUUUGAACACCGAGAAGACCUUAAGGAAACUGAUGGGCGACUCGCAGGCUGAUUAUGAACGAAAACUCAAAGAGAGGCUGGAAAAACGGAAGCAGAGACUUGAUAAAGGCUUAUCUGAGGAGGACUGUGAUAUUCUUGAGCAGGAAGAUAGACAGAAAGAAGAAGAGGAGGAAAGCAAAGAGAAGAAGAACAUUCUUCUGGAGUUGGACACACGUUUGGCUCAGGAGAAGGAUUCCAUUCUGAAUCAGAUGAAACUUGCUGAAGACGAGGUGGAGCGUGAGAGAGAACGCCAGCGAGCUCUGAUCCGACUCAAGAGAGAUCAGCGCCGCGUCAGACAGGAAGAAGACUUCGACUUGGCAGCGAGAUUACUCGGAAUAGCAGAAAGCAGUGCUAAUAAAUUGGUGAGGCAUCAAGAAGAUGAACGACUCCGACAGGAAAAACUGGCUCAACAGAGACUGGAAAUGGCCAGAAAGCGAUGCAAAAAAGGUGUUGAGUUAACACAAGAAGAAGACAGUGAUGUAGACCUGGAUGUGGAUGAUAAAACUCUGGUUGAGACCGUCUUAAAACUUAUGGAUCAACGACAUGCCUUGGAAAGAAACUAUUUCAUUAAACUCCUAGAUGAGGAGGUGACGGAUGCUGAAACUCUUGAUGAGUUGUCUAAGGAGGAUAUCGAAUCUCGCCUGGCAAGUCUUGGGGAGUUGAGGGAAUCAUGGAGACGUACAGAGGAUGACUCUUCGCCAGAACAGCAGACGGCCAUUUUCCAGGAAGCCAUUCGUCUAGGAAUGGAACUGAAAAAGCGAAAGUUGGAAGAAAGUGGCUUGCCUAAUUCUACAGAAGACUGCAAGGUGUCGCUGCUGACAGAUCUGCAGCAGUGUCAGGACUUGGACGUGGACGACCUGAUGUCAGACAUGGAAAACAAGGAUACAGAGUCAUUGAAAGCACUGUGUGAAGAGCAGAUUAAAGCCAAGCGAAAUGGUUGGCAUGACAACGUAGCAACAGUUUUGCAGUUAGUUGGCGACUCAGCCACUGAGAGUUCAAAAGGGGAGGUAACUGCAGAGAAGCAGGUUGUUCAAGCCUUGGAAAAGAAAUAUGAUGCUUUAAAAGACAAGGUCAUCAUUGAGGCCUUGAUGAAGCAGAUGGGCGAGGCUGAGUGGAAACACUUGUCUGAGCGUGAGCGACAGCGCCAUGUCAUUAAGAUGCGGGUGGAAGAGCGACGAUUGCGACAGGAGGGCAAGAUGGAUGAGGUGGCCAUGUUGUUAGGACAGCACCUGCAAAAUGAGCAAGAACUUGUCAAGCUGCUGGGCGACACCAGACAGAGUCAGAAGGAACAGCUGGAAGAGAGGUUGGCCCGCCGCCGACAGCUCACGGCAGAACGAGAAGCUGAGGGUUUGUCUGUCGAUGAGGAUGUACUAGACGAGAUUCAGGAGAAAGAGGAGAAAGAGAAACCUCGGAGAAUAAAUAUUCUAGCAAACCUUGACAUGCAGUUUGAGGAGGAGAAGGCUGCGUUACUCUCCAGCCUGACCAGGCAGACGGAUCACCUGCAGGCCGAGAGGGAGAGACAACUCACACUGGCGCGACUCCGACGAGACAGGAAGUGUCUGCAGCAGGAGGAGAAACUCGACUCGGCCUUCGUUAUUUUCAGUCUUGGACAGCAGCACGAGGCAGACAGACAAAAGAGCUAUUUACAAGAAAAGGAAAGACAGAGACGGUUGGCUCAAGACAGGCUUGCUGCUAGACGGAACAAAAAGAACGCCUUGAUUGAAGGUGAUACAAGUAAAUUGGAACAACAGAUAACAGAAGAAAUCAAAACAGAGGAUGAAAACAAAGUAUCUGAGUCUGUUCAACAGAGUCUGCUCGAUAACACUGACCGUUGCCAUGACAGUGAACGUGAGGUCCUUCUUCAACUAUUACAGACAGUGUUUGACGAUUCCAAGAGGAAGAAAGCAUUCAAGAAACUCUCACAGGAGGACCUGAAGACAGAGUUGGCAAAGCUUCAGCGAGAACACACAAAAUGGUUGACUCAGUCCCAGCAUGCUGUGAUGACCAAACGCGGCCCGCCCAAACUGUCUGAUGUGGCUAAACGCAGGGCCCAGCAGUUCAAGCUGCUCACCAAAGCCAUGUCCUACAGACUUGAAGUUGAAGAACGCUUCCUCCAAGCUGCAAGACCAGAUUUGGACGAGGCUGGUGUGAAGGAAGAACUCUCAGUGAGUUUGUUAGCAGACCUGCAGCAGAAGCACAAGGAAGAUGUGAAGUCAAUCCAGGACAUGAUGCUACAGAAGGAUGAUGAGUUUUUAGUGAAGUUCAAAGGUGUUCAGGAGACAUCGCGACUCGAAGGUUGGUUCACCAAUUUGACUUCAGUGGUGUUCAGUGUCCAUGAACACGACAUCGCGAUGGCUGAGAGAAAACUGGAAGCAGAGUUUGAAAAAGAAAAACAAGAAAUGUUAGACCGAGUGCGUGACCAGGGAGAAGAUGUGGAUGUUGACACUAUGAUAAAAGAUUUAGAAGCAAAGUUUGCUGACAAAAAACAGGAUGUGCUGUCAAACCUGGUUAAUGAAAGACUGAUAUCUGAGGAACAGAGUAAAGAAAACGAAGAAACUGCAACAUCUCAACUGAUAAAGCUGGCUGAUGGUCAGACGCAGGUGUCCGGUGAUAAAACACCAGAGGAAAAAAUAUCACCACUGAAUAUGUUGCAGGAAAGACUGGCAGCGCGGCGACAGGCUCGUCGAAGAACGGCAGAAAACCAGGGUGGAGACGAGAGUAGACCAAGCACCAAGGAUUCUAUGAUGAGUCGCCCUAGUUUGACACGGCAGAAGACUCUUGCCAGCUUCGAGGUGACGGAGGAGGAAAAACAUGCGACCACACAGCGACUCAUCAACCAGCAGAUGCACCUACACUCCAAACUGAUAGAGGACCAGGCCAGACAGGAACAACUCUUGAAACAGCGUAUUGAAGCAAGGAAGGGAAAGCGACAGAGUGAAGUUUCCGAACUUCUGAACCUCGGAGAAAGACAGAAGACUGUUCUUGUAAAGACAAAAAUGGAUGAACGAGAAAGACAGAAGUCGAUGCUGUCAGAGCGUGUGGCCCGAGUGAAGUACGAACGAACGAUAAUCCCCCGAGGUUCCUCGCAGUCAGACACGUUCUCGAACCAGGUGGAGGAGGAUGAACACAAGGAUGAGAAGAUGGAGAUGAUGGCUCAGCGCAUGCAGCAGAAGUUCUCACAGGAAGCUGAUCAGACCUCAACUGCCUCUGACAGUCUGAUGGAUGAUAAAGCUCGGAUUGAAAUGCUCAAAGAACGAAAACGUCAAAGGAAAAUGGACAAGGAAGCAAAAGCUACAAGUGGAGAAAAUUAGCUUGAGCAGAACACACUUAGUCUAUGGGAAUUCGGUGUCAGAUUUAUCAUGUACUUUUAAUGUGUGUGGUGUAGGUCACGGAAACAGAAAUAAAGACUGCUUACCAAGUCGCUGGAUCGACAUUUGUUUCCAUGUUUAAACUACAGAUUCAAACAGAAUAUUUGUUUACUAUAUUUUGUAGAACUGUUUUUCUUAUCUGCAGUAUUAUUACUAAGCAUAAUGAAUUUCAUUAGAGGUCAAACAAUGUGUAAUCACAUACUCACUGUUUUUGCUGAAAAUCUUUUUUGUCUUUUUAUUUUAUUCCAAUUAUCUCCCUUGAAAUGGACUUUAUUGGACAUUGUUUUCCACUUGUAACAAUCUUUGGAUUUUUUGUUUUUGUUUUUUUUGUUCUGAUUCAGCUUUGAAGUACUGAAAUACCUUUGGACCUUUGGUGAAUAUUUAUAUACCAAACUAGCAUUUAGGUGUUUGUUCACAUUUAGAAGCAAAAUUAGCAGAAUGACAAAAAUUAAUUAACAUAAUAUGAUAUAUGCAUUUACGAUAUCUAGCUUGACAAUCAGCAGGCCGAUAUUAAAGAAAAUUAUUAUUAGCUUUUUAAAACAUCUCGGUUUGGUCAGUUGGUGUUACCAAAGCAAUUAUUGCAAUAAAAUAAUGUUACCAACUGGAGUGUCAAACUUCACUGAAGUUGUAUUAGCUUGAUUAAACAGUGAUAUAUGUUUAAAAUCAAACAUUGCAUUUAUAUUGAAAUUUACUAUAUAUGUGCUACUUUGAUAAUAUAUUCCAUAUAUUUUCUCUCUCAUUUUUUUAACAUUUUAAUUUAUUAUUUGUAGGUGAAUUUUGGUUUAUUAUACUUUUAUUUUAUAUUUGAUAACCAUUUUGUUUUGAUUUUGUUAAUCAUUUUGACAAACAAACUGUCUUGUGCCUUAUAGUAAUACUUAUACAUGUAAUGGAAGUUUUUGGUGUGGGGUCCUUUUUGUUGUUUGAAGUUUUUGUUCCACUAAUGUUUUUUAUUUGCUUUACUUCAUCUACAGUUUACAGGAUAUCUUAAUGUGAACUAAAAAAAUAUUUUCAGAUAACAUAACCAAGAGACCAAACCAUUUUUAUUAGCAUGGGAAAAAUUUGAGGUGGAAGUGGGAUACAAAAUGUUUUCUCUGUUCAUGUUUUUUUAUAACAAUUCUAAAAAUAAUAAAAUUUAAUUCUACACUUGAUGCAUCAACAUUCUGCACAUAGUUUUAUUAAAAUAAUUUUCUACUAGAUGUGAUCAUGAUCAAGCCAAUUUCAUGCUAGAACUGUUUAUUUUUAUUUUACUCUGUAAUUUAAAAUAAAAUGCAGAAUUUUAAAAAUAAAAUGUAUCUAUUAUGCAGAAGUAGUUCAAUAGUGUGUAUCAGAAAUCAAGUAUAUCCAUGGCAAUCUGAUUUGUUUGUCUCAUUGCAAGUAAAGUACCGGUACCUGUGUUACUGUUAGUACUAUUGGAGUAUUGGUUUGAUGUCACCAAGAGAUUAAUUACCUUUGUUUGACACCCUGUGUAUUUUUCAUGCUCAGGUGUUGUUAAAAACUCAUUCAUUCAUUCCAAGAGGUGAAUGUCAGAACAAUGCUUUAAUUUUGUUUAAAUGUGUUGCCCCGUUGUCCAGAUUUUCUCAAAAUAUGUACCUAGUUUGUUUCUUGUUGACAAUCAGAAUGCUAGAAAUUUCCAUUAUAAAACAUUAUUCUAUUUGUUCAUUCAAAACCUUGCUGGUCAGUACAGUUUCCAACCAUGUAAGGGCCCUGGGUAAUUAUUUAUUUCUGAACAGCCCAUUGGGCUAUUUUCUGUUCCAGCCAGUGCACCAUGACAUGUGGCAUGUUUUAUCCUUUCUGUGGGAUGGUGCAUAUAAAAGAUCCCUUACUACUAAUGCAA